AAAUGUAUAUUUAUUAUAAAAAGUGCUUAUUUUAUGACUAUAUAUGUAAAAAAUAAAAAUAAAUAAUUAAAAAAUGUUUUUAUGUGGAGUUAUUAUUUGAAAGCUUAAACUACAUAUUUGGGAGGAGGGAUGUCCAUGUAUUAAUAUUUAUUUGAUUAAUAUCAAUAAUGAUAAUAUAUUAGUAAAUGCGUGAAAAGAGGCAUUCAAAGUAAUAAAAGCGUGUCGGGAAUUUGCCCCUCUAGCUGCAUUCCUACCCGCGUGGCUCACAGGCAUCAAGCUGAGACUUGCUACCCACCGUGAACGCCGCGAAUUCCAGGCGCGCGCGGCGCUCUGUCAGCGCGGCGCGUGCCUGGUUCAUCCAGGAGAAGGCGACUUGCCCCGUUGAAGAAAAACUGCAGCCUUUCUUUUUACGCCAACGUCACAAGCGGAACUUUCACGCGGCUGCUGUCCUGUCCGUGUGGGCGUGGAGGCGAGAGUUCGAGUGAAGUCUCUCAAAGCGGAGUUUGAACUCUAACGGAUAUUUAAAAAACUUUCAGAAAUUCUUCCUAAUCUGGAUGUGGGAUUAGAUUAAAAUGUCGGAGCCCCCUGACUCCGGGUGUGAGGUAGCAGAGUGGCUGUCCGCCCUCCGCCUGUCUCAGUACACCUCUGAGUUCCACCGGGCCGGCUACCGAGCUGUCGAGGACUGUAAGGAGCUCUCAGAGGAGCGGCUCUUUGACCUGAACGUGUUCCCGACGGGCCACCGUAGACGCAUCCUUCGCAGCCUGGAGGUUUUAGGCCUCAAGCAAAUAGGCGGCGAUGGAGAGGAUCGAGGAGAUCUCGGAACCACGGGGAGUCAAAGGAAGCCGAUGCUCUACCCCAGAAGAAUCUUCCUGAAGGACAGAAGGAGGGGGGCGUCGUGCCAGCAGCUUCCAGAGAAAAGGGAGCCUCCAUCUGAGGGGAGUCAGUCGUUACCUGCAGGGGUAGAACUGGACUCUUUUUGCCCUCCAGACAUGCAGGGUACCCCAUUCCCUCAGCCGGCGCCACGGAACCCCCAGAACAUCCAGACGUCCGUCCCUCGCCCCGUGUCCUCAGACAGCAGCACGUCCUCGCCCACUUCUGAAAUCCCCUCAGAUGGAGAGGGGAUUUCAGACUCUGCACUCCCUGACUCUUUCCCACCCAUGAGUGAAAACAGCGACUUGAAAAUGGUUGAUAACUCCAUUUACGAGGUGCAGCCUCCGCUUAAGCGCCGCACGGGUCAAAGGCCCACUCGGUCCUAUAAGCUACGGCACCGACCCGUUCCUGAAAUCCCCAGCCGAAGCCCUCUAGUGCUUAAGGACAGGAGCGCUCCGCCUGCACAAACAACCAACAGCGAACAGCUAACCGGCUCAGAUGGUCCCACCGGUGCGAACGGCACGCAGAAAGCUCCCCUUGAAAGAAAGUUGACUCCCAUUGCUCCCUACGGCGAGACAUUCCUGUACAACAACCCUGAAACAGCCCCGGUUCAAAGUGCUAAAGAAGGGCUGCAGAAAGGCUUGAAGGCCAACCUAAAGAAGAAGAAACACAGAAAAAAGUCCAAAGAUAAAGAGUGUGAAGCCCCCCCACCCGUCCCACCAAGCCCCUGUGAGGGCACGUACUCGACAGUUGAGGAGUGCUCCGGCGUGGUGGCGGUAGCUUGUUUGGAACAAAGCGUAGCUCCAACCGUGGAUGCUGCAGCAGCAGCAACUGCUGCAGAAGAGGACGAAUCUGGGAUCAUGGUGAACUGCGACCUCUACUCUGGGUCUACAGAUGAACCUGCGACCGUUACCAAAAAUGCAGACGCUGACAUUUCUCCAUACGCAUGCUUCUAUGGAGCCCCCAAACAACCGGUGCUCAGAGUGGGCUGGCUGGACAAGCUGUCCCCUCAAGGAAACUGUGUAUUUCAAAGGCGGUGGGUGAGGUUUGACGGCGAGAGUCUGGCCUACUACAACAACGAGAAGGAGAUGUACUCUAAAGGUUUGAUCCUGGCCAGUGCCAUCAGACAGGUGCGGGGAUUAGGAGACAACAAGUUUGAGGUCGUCACCUCCCUGCGGACCUUCAUAUUCCGGGCUGAAGGAGAAGGGGAGCGCCAGGAGUGGAUUGAAGCUCUUCAGACGGCCACGCAACCCCCCGCCUGCGGCUCCCAGAAGCGCUCCAACACCCUUCCCCAUCUCUCCUCCACAAACAAACGAGGCUUGCUGGAGCUCCGUGGUUACAAAGGCAAAGUGCUGGUGUCCCUGGUGGGAAGUAAAGUCAGACUCUGCAAAACAGAACAGGACUUUAAGGCGGGGUUGGGUAUCAGUGAACUGGAGCUGAUUGCUGCCAACAUUAGAGACGUGGACCGCAGGGGCUUUGAGAUCAACACUCCAUUCAAGAAUUUUUGCUUCACAGCGGAGUCAGAACAGGAGAGGGCGGAAUGGGUUGAAGCCAUCCAAGAAUCGAUUGUGGAGACGCUUUCCGACUAUGAAGUGGCGGAGAAGAUCUGGUUUAACGAGGCCAACAGGAGCUGCGCCGACUGUCGGGCGCCUCAGCCGGAGUGGGCGUCAACCAACCUGGGUGUGGUCAUCUGUAAGAAAUGUGCAGGACAACAUCGCUUCCUCGGUCCUAGCAUUUCCAAGGUGCGCAGCUUGAAGUUGGACAGCAGCAUCUGGAGCAAUGAACUUGUGGAGUUUUUUCUGGAAGUGGGGAACAAGAACGCUAACAGUUUCUGGGCCGCAAACCUACCCUUGGAAGAGGAGCUCCACUGUGGGGCUUCCACCGAGCAGCGGGCCACCUUCAUCCGAAGGAAGUACAAGGAGAGAAAGUACAGGAGACUCCUUGAGGGCUUUGAACAUGUGGAACAGCUCAAUCAGGCAUUGUGUGCCUCCGUGGUGACGCCUGACGUGCUGCAGACGAUGGCGCUGGUCUUCACUGGAGCCAAUGUCAUGUGUGCCACAGGGGAUCCGACCCACUCCACCCCCUACCUCCUGGCCCAGCGGGCUGGCCAGAAAGUGCAGAUGGAGUUCUUGCACCAAAACAAACUAUCCGAUUUCCCUGUCGUGGAACCGUGGUCCGAAAGUGCCGCUCUUUCAGAAAGCUCCGUCUUCAUGGACGGCUUCCUCUACGUCUCCUCUGCCUCGGCGAAGGCGACUCUGGACCGACGCGGAAGAGACGAUAUGUCCCGCCGCUGGUGCACUCUGGAGGGCGGCUCGCUGAGUUUCUACCAGAGCGAGCGGAGCUCCUCCGCCCUGGGAAGAGUGCAGAUCAACGAGGUGGUCAGCCUGGCUGUCAGCAACUCCGAGACCAUUAUUGGAGCCGGGGCGGUGUUUACGGUUGAGCUGUACCUGCAGACAGAGCGGGCGCUGACUAUCGGAGCAACAACACAGGAUGCGCAACAUCACUGGAUCCAGGCACUAACAAAGUGCUUUAUCCCACCUAAAGUUGAGGGACUGGUACGGACAGGUACCGAACUGAUCGGCAGACUGCACUACAAGGAAGGUCACGACCUGUACAGCUGGAGGGUGGGCUGGUUCAUGCUGGAAGGCUCUGGCUUGCACUUCAGUUCAGGAGAAGACGAGGAAGUCUUGCAGCUCAAACAACUACAGGAGCUCACUGUCUCCACACACACUCAGGGCGAGGACAAGAUCCAAGUCCUGCUGAUGGUGGAGUCUGGAAGAACGGUUUACAUUCAUGGCUUCAACAACCUGGACUUUUCUCUGUGGCAUUCUGCCAUCAUCUUGGCUGCAGGCACUGGCGGUAAAGCUCUCAGUGAUCAACAGUUGACAAAAAAUGGCAUUCCAAUUAUAGUGGAGAGCUGCAUUGCUUUCGUCACACAGUACGGUUUGUGCCAGGAGGGGGUCUACGAGAAGCUUGGAGACCCCACACGGGUGGGUCUCCUCCUUGAGGAAUUCACCCGAGAUGCUCGGAGUGUGAAGCUCAGGGAGAAGGAGCACAAGCUGGAGGAUGUGACCGACACCUUGAAGAGCUUCUUAGACCAUUUAGAGGAUGCACUCCUGGUCAAAGAACUGUACCCAUACUGGGUGUCUGCUUUGGAUGAGACGGAUGAAAGUUUCAGAGUGAAGAAGUAUUCCACUUUUAUCGAGAGUUUGCCAAAGAUCAACAGAACGACUCUUGAUGCUCUGCUGCAGCAUCUCUACAGGAUUCAUCAGUGCUCACACCUCAACCACAUGCCCAGUCAAAAGCUGGCCUCCGUCUUCUCCUGCUGCUUCUUCCAGACUCAGGGACAAACCCCACAAGAAAUCAGCGUAGUUCAAGACCUCAUCAGGAACUACGUUACACUCUUCAGGGUCAACCAAGACCAAGUGCAACAGAUGGAGAGAGAAAAUAGCUUCAUCACACGCUGGAACGACAAGAAAGACACUUCAUUUUGUCCAGCGGGGGAUUUAAUAUUUGAGGUGUACCUGGAAAAGAAGGAGCCAGAGCAAUGCUUACUGAUCAAGGUCUCUCCCAGUAUGCGGCCCUUGGAGCUGGCAGAAACGGCGUUGAGUAUGAGGGGGGCCACUUUUGAAGCUGACGGGUGUUGGACAGCUUUUGAAGUAAUAGAAAAUGGAGAGCUAGAGCGACCGCUGCACCACAGCGAGAAGAUCCUUGAGCAAGUGUUGGAGUGGAGCGCUUUGGAGACCCCCAGCUCGGCUUUUCUUGUCAUAAAAAAGUUACCCAAGACCAAAAGAAUCCAUGAUGGUAAAGACCAAACUCAGUUUAAGAAAUGUGACCAUUUAAAGUUCAGCGAUGGCUCGUCUAAGCUGCUGUCGGGACACAAAUUCCAGGAGAAGUAUGUUGUUCUGCGUUCAGAGAAGCUGCUGAUCUACAGGGAUAUCAAGAGCACUAAAGCGGAAAAAGCAGUUCAGCUGAAGUUUGUGAAAUGUUACCUAGGCCUAAAGAAAAAACUCAAACCUCCAACCAACUGGGGUUUCACAGUUUACACUGACAAACAGCAGUGGCACUUCUGCUGCAACAAGAGGGAAACGCAGGUCAGCUGGGUGACUGACAUCAUCGCCAUGAAAUACGGUUCUGACCUCCAUCCAAUGACUGCUAACCAUAAGGAAAAAUCUGACUUCAAAUCAUCCCCCGGGACAGUUUUAUCUGAGAGCAGCAAACUUCCACAGCACAAGGUCAGUUACAGCAAACUGCUGAUAGGCAGGAGUGCCUCUCUUGCGGACAACGAGUUACGGAACGCCAAGGCCCCAGUUCCUCAGCUUAAAACAAAGUCAUUGGGAAACCCAACAAAGACCAGCGAGCCACCCAUGGCCUCACAUGCGGUACACAGAAAAACCUCAGAGGUAUCUUUUCCAAGUCUGCUCCCUCCCCCAUCCAAGUCCAGACACUCACAGCCCAUGCCCCUCCCCCUCUCCCCUCAAAGUGGGUAUAAAACCAUGGGCAAAAGACCCGGUAUGGGUGGUGACAACUUUAUGCCCCAAAAUCUUCUAAGUGAACUGAACUCUGUGCUGAACAAGACCGGGCGGAAGGGCAACGACUGACCGCAAGAGGGAAAACGGCGAGGAACGGGGUCAAACGAUUUCACGAGCCGCAGAAGAGAAGACCACACAGCGCUUCAAGGAGCGCUCGGCAAUUAAAGAGCUGCCGAUGCACGUGGGAUUUGGGAAAGCAGGUGUGGGAUACAGCGGAGGUCAGGCAGACCUUAGCCGGACAAGGACCCGACCCAAACACUACACUGCGUGAUUUAUGGUACAGUCCUGAAAGCAAAGGGAAAGUCAUUCAGGUGUUAAAAAUAUUGCUUAGUAGCGUUCAUCUGUUUCAUAAUUUUUCAAACAUUUAGGUUGUUCCUUAAAGCACUUUAGCAGCUAAUGUGUCCUAAAGGAUGUCAAUGUUUAGUGAUACUCAAUAUUUUUUUAAAGAUUAUGUAUAAAGAGCCACUAAUCGCUUGUUAAAAACAUAUUUUUACACAGGAAAAUAUUAGCGGGAACAUUUAUAUAAUAAUUGUAUUUAUUUUUUAUGAUUUUCUUUUUUUUUUUUUUUCAAUUGUUAAUAUUAUAACCUUUAGUAGCCUCUGUGGUGUUUUUAAGCUUAUUAGUGGCAUACCACUUUAAAGUUUAAAGUGGCUGCCCCAAAAUGAAAUUUUAAUGCAAACCAUGAAUAUAUUAAAACUCUCAGGCGUA